UUGCCUUCAAGGAGACCUUGGGAAAGAGGCGCGGAUGAGACGUGCGGGAUCGGUCCGGCGACUUUCCGCUCCUGAUUCCUAUAGUGACAGUAAGAUGGCAACUCCCUACAUGGAGUUGUUAGAACUGUCCCAAUGUCUGAGAAAAGAAAAACUGUUUGUGGAGUCAGAAAAGGCACAGAUACAAGACUUGAACAAAAAGGUGAUGAAAGCUGUAGAGGACCUGUACCACUUGUCAUGGAUCACCCGCCAGCAACAGAUCAACCUGGAGGGACUGAUCUUGUCCCGGGCUGGCAUCACGCCAGCAGUCUGCUGCCGACGUGACUCGCACCUGCAGUCGGCACAGUUUGUGGACAGCUACAGACAGCUGGGGCCCAUUGACCCUUUCUACUCGGAACUGCUGCAGCAGCUGCGCAGCAACCCUGCGCUGGUGGCGCGCCUGCUGCUGUUCGGCGAGCGCUCCGACCCUGCCCAGGUCACCACGCUCGUCGACACCAUCUACUCGGGUGUCUACGGCAACUGUAUCCUGCAGGAGGACCAGCUGAGCGUGCUGCAGGUGCUGCGGCAGCUGAUGGUGACGCAGGUGGUGUGCGCCGAGGCACCGCAGCGGCUGCUACGGCGCGGCUCGUGCGUCUUCAGCCGCGUCUACAAGGCCUUCUGCGAGGGGCUGUUCGCCGCCAAGCUGUUCCUCACCGCCGCUCUUCAUCAGCCCGUCAUGCAGCUGCUCAUGGACGACGAGUGGUUCCUGGACAUCGACCCCAACAAGGUGGACGAGGGCCUGUCGGCCGAGGAACGGACGGCACGGCUGGGUCGGCCGGCGGUGGGCGGCGCCGACGGCCGCGCGCGCUACCACGCGGCCGUGGCUGACCGGCUGGCGCGGUUGACCGAGCGCUUCGUCACGCACAUCGCCGACAACGCCGCCUGCUUCCCGCCCAGCCUGUCGUGGGUGGUGCGCACCCUGUACCACCUGCUGGUCAGGGAGGACCGCUGCAGCGCCGACCAGGUGAACGCCAUCUGCGUAGACCUGCUGUUCGCGUUCUUCAUCUGUCCAGCGGUGGUGGACCCCGUGCAGUACGGCAUCCUGGAGGCCCCCGUCAGCCCGGCGGCGCGGCAUAACCUGAUCCAGGUGGGCCAGAUCCUGCAGGUGCUGGCCAUGAACCAGUGGGAGGAGGUGGACCCCCGCCUGCGCCCCUUCUACGACAGGUUCGACAAGGGCAGCGUCUCGUCACUGUUGGGCUGCAUUCUGACUGGCGGGCCGCAGGAGGGCCCGCCCGCGGAGCAGGAAACGCGGCCGGCCGGACCGCUCCAGCACGAGAGCCGGCUGGUCGGGCUCAGCCGGUCGGCCGUGCUGAUCACCCGGGACCACCUAGACCCCCUGGUGGGCCUGCUGCGCCAGAUGGCCGCCGAGACCUCGGAGCCGCCGGACGAGGCCGCCAGCCAGGUGUCCAGCUCGGGGCCCGAGCCGGCCGGCAAGCGCACGCGAGCGAGCCUCAGCCACGACGGCUCCAUCGAGGCGGCCAGCAACGUCAGCGACAGCGACGACUCGAGUCUGGAGGACGCCGAGCAGUACAAGGACGACAACCUCAGCGACAUGGUCUCGGCCAACGUGUCCGGACGGGAGACGCCCAACGUGUCCGGCCGCAACACGCCGUCGUCUCAGGUGACGGACGAGGCGGACACGCUGCCGAGCGGCGGCGAGCGGCCGGGCGGCGGCCGCGCCGCUCCGCACCCGCCGCCCGCCGCCAAGCCGCCGGCCACCGUCAUCGAGGACAAGUUCGGCAAGUUCAACAUCAAGCCGCUCAACGAAGGCGACGAGACGGUGUCGAUGGUGUCUGACACGUGGAGCACGGACGUGCUGGCCAGCGACACGGAGACGGUGGAGCAGGCGGACGCGCCGCUCACCUCGCGCCAGCUGCUCGAGCUCUGCACGGGCGGCGUCGGCCUGGAGCCCAGCGAGACGGCCUCGGAGGCCUGGAGCACCGACGUGCUGGCCUCAGACUCGGAGCGGGACCGGCUGGCCGAGGUGGACGCCGACGACUCGGCCAGCGUGGCGCGCUCCGACGACACAGCGCGCUCGGAACGCCCCGGGGCAAGGUGUCUUGAUGAGAUGUCAGUGCUAGAGGACGAAGUUGGAGGCUCGGAGCCGGCGCUGCGGCCGGCCGCCGCCACCGGCGCCAUUCCCAAGUCGAUCAGCUUCGACAAGACGGCGCGCCGCGGCUUCUUCAAGAACCUCAAGCUGCCGUUCAAGAGCCGACGCAAGGGCUCGCGCGAGCUCGUCUCCGACAGGCUGGAGCGCGGCUCCGGGGACGGCCGUGAGGUCCUCGGCGACCGGAAGGGGGCGGAGUCGGCCGAGACGUCCGACGACAUCCUGGCCAAGUACCGACGCAAGACGCCGGACGCGGCCGCCCAGACACGCUCGGGCGCGACGCUGGUCGAUGGAGCGACCGAGGACGAGGCAGCCGCCGACCUGGUCCGCCUCACGAUCGACCCCAACAACGUGGAGGCGUCGUACGCCUUCUCCGAUGCCAAGCGCAAACUGCGCCGCGUUCUGUCCGCCGCCAACGUGCAGACCUUUCCCUGGAGGCCUCAGCCGGGCCGGGACGAGUCAGGCGCGCUGCUGUCCUUCCUGCGACUCCAGCUGUCCGAGUACAUCAGCCUGCAGGACCACGCGCUGAUGGCGCAGCUGCACGAGACCGUGCGCUGCGUGUCGCUGUUCGACGCCGCCGGCCAGCUGGCGCUGCUGCGCUCGCUGCGAGAAGACUACAGCGGCCGCGCGCCCUACAUCGCCUACCUGGUCCGCUGUCGCGACGGCCUGCUGGACACGCUGGCGCACGUGCAGCUGACGGUGCGCCACGUGCGCCGCGACCAGACGGUCUGCACGCGCGCACUCGUCGACAAGUGCGUGCUGCUUUUCCUCGAGCGGCACAAACAGACUGUGCACCGGUUCCAGGCGAGCUUCCAGCAGGCGGCCGCCUCUGACGAGAAGACAGACCUGGUGGCGCGCUUCCUGGCGCACCUGGGCGACGAGCUGCUGCGGGACCCCGACUGGCAGGCGGCCGACGACCACCAGCUGCACCUGGCCCGCGAAGCCAUCGAACAAAUGGUCAUGGCGCAGAUCUACACGCUGGCGCUGUACCCAAACGGGGAGGCGGACGUCAGCCGCGACCAGGUGCUGACGGGCCACAUGCGGCGGCUGGCGCUGGUCGUCACGCCGGGCCACCCGGACCUUAAGAUACCCAGCGUCUAUCACUACGAACACCCGUGGCCGAGUGCGCAGGCCGAGAUCACCGCCCUCAACGCCUACAAGACGGCGCGCGACAAGGUGGCCUGCGUGACACGCUGCUGCGCCACCAUCAUGAACUUGCUGCACAUCGCCAACGAGCGCUCGGUGCCGGCCGCCGACGACCUGAUCCCGGUGCUGGUGUUCGUGCUGAUCAAGGCGUGCCCCAGCUCGCUGCUCUCCACCAUCCAGUACGUCAACAGCUUUUACGGCGACCGGCUGGUGGGCGAGGACCAGUACUGGUGGACGCAGUUCUGUUCGGCCGCCGAGUUUAUCAAGACCAUGGACUACUGAGCGGCGGCGGCGGUCGGCGGGGCGCCGCACCCGGCGGGUUGUUGACGCCAUCCGCAGGCCCGGUGUCCCCUGCCCCUCCCCCGUGGACGGAGCCGUCCACCCCUCCUGACGUCGUCCCGUGGCCGGGAGCGACCGUCACCGUCCGUUGUGCCGCGCUGAGCUGAAGCUUGAGGCCA